UUUUCUCGAAUUUGAAGUGUCACUUUUAACUCUUCUAAGCGUUGAGAACGGCAUUUAAUAUCGAGAUUUGUUCGCAGUUUCAGCCAACGAUUAUACCAUUGAAACUUACUAGGAAGUACCUAAAGCGUGUUCGUGCAAUAAUUGAAGAUACUUUUAAUACAUAAAUUGAUUAUUACAGAAAACAGCUAUGGAUAAGGUGGAACAGUUGAAGAAGAAAGGUAACGAUGCUCUAGUUAAUCAAAACUUCGAUGAAGCUAUCAAAUGUUACACGGAAGCCAUAGCUUUGGACCCCACGAAUCACGUUUUGUAUAGCAACCGCUCAGCAGCUCAUGCCAAAGCUGAGAAUUACGAGGCUGCUCUCGAAGACGCCGAGAAAACCGUGUCAUUAAACCCAAACUGGAGUAAAGGAUAUUCACGUAAAGGGAGCGUUUUAGCAUAUUUGUCGAGGUACGAGGAGGCCAUAGAGGCUUAUAAAACCGGUUUAAGACUAGAACCUACUAACCAACAGCUAGCUCAGGGUCUGAGGGAUGUAGAACGAGCCAUGAAAGAAAGUAAUUUAGAAGCAGAGCGGUUAAUUAGGCUCUAUAAAAAUCCCAGGACAAGAGAAUGGAUGAAAGACCCUGAAUAUGUAACAAAGAUUGCUAAGCCUUUAGUCAAAAAUACUUAUGACAUUAGAAAUUUGAACAUGGAAGAUGAGAGAGUGGCAGCAACUAUUACUGCACUAUGGCAGGCAGAUCUUGAUGCAGAAACUGCCAUGGAUGUGGAUCCACCAGCACCAGAAAAAACACCAAGCACAGCACCAAAGCAGAAAGAGGAACCGCCCAAGGACAAAUAUGAAGGAUUACCAGAAAAUCGAAAACAAGCACUGAUCCAGAAAGAUUUGGGCAAUGAUUGUUACAAGAAAAAAGAAUUUGAUAAUGCAAUAACACAUUAUGAGAAAGCGAUAGAAUUUGAUCCUACCGAUAUAACAUUCUAUACGAAUAUGGCUGCAGUUUUCUUUGAACAGAAAGAGUAUGAGAAAUGCAUUAAGGAAUGCGAGAAGGCUAUUGAAAUUGGUAGAGAAAACAGAGCAGAUUUCAAAUUAAUAGCUAAGGCUUUUACUAGGAUUGGUAACGCAUACAAAAAAAUGGAACAAUGGAAACUAGCCAAAACAUACUUUGAAAAGUCAAUGUCUGAACAUCGUACCCCUGAGAUCAAGACACUAUUAAGUGAAGUGGAACGCCGUAUUGUUGAAGAGGAAAGGAAAGCAUAUAUUGAUCCUGUUAAAGCUGAACAAGAAAAGGAAUUAGGCAAUGAGUACUUUAAGAAAGGUGACUACAGUACAGCAGUGAAACAUUACACAGAAGCUAUAAAACGGAACCCUGAUGACUCCAAACUGUACUCAAAUAGGGCUGCAUGUUACACCAAGUUGGCUGCUUUUGACUUGGGACUGAAAGACUGCGAACAAUGCUGCAAACUAGACCCUAAAUUCAUCAAGGGAUGGAUUAGGAAAGGAAAAAUUUUGCAGGGUAUGCAACAACCAUCUAAGGCCCUGACAGCCUAUCAAAAAGCCCUGGAACUGGACCCCAGCAAUGCAGAAGCUCUAGAAGGGUACCGCUCAUGCUCCACACAACUCAACUCUAACCCAGAAGAGGUCCGCAAACGUGCCAUGUCUGAUCCGGAAGUGCAGCAGAUAUUGCGCGAUCCCGCCAUGCGAUGUAUACUUGAACAGAUGCAGCAGGACCCUCACGCGUUGCAAGAUCAUCUCAAGAAUCCUGAAAUUGCAGCUAAGAUACAGAAACUCUUGGAAUCAGGCCUCAUCGCCCUACAUUAGUCUCACAAUGGACUGCCUUAAUGGGCAUUCGCCGAACACCCCCUGAUUUACGUUAAUAUCCCACUUGCUCAUUUUCAAUUUUUAAAUAAGUUUGAUCUGUCUGAUGACAAUACAAUGUUACUAUUUAAUUAGUGUGCUCUUGAAAUGCAGAUGUGGAUAACAGAGUUCUAUCAUGGCUAAAACCAUACCUAGUUUAGCUUAUCAUGACACUUUUUUUCAAAUAUUCACAGUGGGAGUUGUUUUCAAUUAUUAAUGAAUUGUAGUUAGUGUCAUAAUAGACAUUGAAAAUGGGAACACUAUUAAACAUUUAAUUGAAAAGGCCUGAAUACCUGUUGUAAGUCAAUUUGUCCCCACUGUCUAAUUUAAAUCAAUAGAAUAAUUUGCUAUCUUAGAAAAAAAUAGUGAGGUACAGUCAUACUAUAUUAUUAACAUGCCCAAUAAUUGGCAUACUGAAUUUGCAAAAGCUAAAUAGUUUGUUUGAUAAAUAAUGCUGAGUUUGAAAUGAAAUUUCUUCUGAUAUUGUAGUUUGUGUUGAUGAAAUGAUGACAAUCUGAGCCGAAAUGGACAGAAGCAAAGAAAUCAGGAUAACUUCCAAUCACAUCCAAUUUAAUGCUAAUGUAGCUUUAGUGUCAGAUAUUGUAUACUUAACGAAUAUACCUGUUUUAUCCCCCUUCAGAGUAAAAAUAUUGAGAAUCCGAAAUAAAAAUAAUUAUACGGGGAAAUAGCUUUUUCUAUGCCAUUGUCAUAUAAGCUGUACUGAUUAUAAAUGAUAAAAGAUGUGAGGAAAAGAUACCAGCAACUCUUAACAUUGAAAUCUGUGAAUGUAAAUUAAUAAUAAUUUAUUUCAUUUUACGUUUUCCUUGCAGAAACUACAUUCGGUUUAUGAAAAAUGUUUUUAAUA